CAUUGAUUUGUCCAUUUUCUGUAGUGUAGAUCGUCAUACAUGAAGUACAACGUGCUGGUCGAGUCCGAUGUAUGUAAUGCCAUUGCCGCCCUUCUGUGACCGUGUCUGGUUUACACAGCAAAUUUCACCAUACUUUUGUACGAAUAGGUUUGAAUACGUGCGAGUGGCGACUUGAGCACAUUGUAAGAUUCUCGAAAUGCCCAAUUCAGUGCCACUAAAAACACGUAACUGUGUUAGAAAUACUAUACUAUGCACAUAAGUCACAAUCUUGAUUAUGUGUAGACAGUGCACAUAUCGUCAGCGUAAUAUCAUUACAAUGUUUCACCCAGUGUUUAUUAGGAAGCGACGAGGGCAUGAUGCCUUUGUUGCGUUCUUGUUGGUAUUCAUUGUUGGCGUUCAUGCUGAUUCGGCUCCGCCAUGAGCUUCACCAAUGAACGAAAUACUGUGGAAUCUGCUGUGAGAGAAACCGUUGUGUUUGACGAGGACCAGAAUGAUGGUUUGUAUCCAGGAUUGUCUCGGCCCGGUCUGUCGUUGAGGCAGUCUCUCAGUCGCCCGCUCUCGGCAUCCCGAGCUCGUCUUAUCAAUGAAACUCCUGAGAAGCGAGCCGAGCGCCUGGCGCGGAUGCGGGCCUAUUCUAAACGACGAAGGGAGAUGAAAAAGCAGGGCGACGGCAAUUCAGGAGAUCUUGAUUUGAAUAGCAGCAUGUCGGAUCAGGUAGACUUUCAAGAUGUCCAGAUUGAGCAGUGUGAUCUCGACAUGAACGAGCAAGAUUUUGAAGAUCAACAGCUUUACUUGGAGGAGAUCAGACAACGAGAAAGCGAAAGAGCUGACGAGGUAGGAGGAGAGAAGGAGAGAAAAGAGGAUGAGAGCUUUUCUCAGGCGCGCGUUGCUGGCUCGCAUAGCGACAGAGGAGAGAGCCAUCAACAGGCAUUUUCAUCCGCAUCCGCAGGCGGCGACUAUCACACUGCGUCUAGCGGCGAUCAUCCUGCUGCUUUUGAGAGCAGUAGCGAGAGCCGGAUGCCACCUCAUGGUAGUGUUAGCGCUGACGCACCAAUAGAGAAGCCUCCUCGCAAGCGCGCGUACAAAUCUAAGAAGAGAAGUCACGGUGCCUUUGAAAAACCUGAACAAGUUUAUCAAGCGCACCAGGCGUACGAGUAUGGAGAGCACGCUGAAAAUGAAAUAGAUCCCAGCUUGGCGGACAGGGGUGUACUGUAUCAUUCUGACGACGCUGAUAACCAUUACCCAUCGCGUAGAGUCUAUCCAGACUAUGCCGACCAGCCAAGUUACGUACAGCGUUCGCAACAAGCAUAUCAACAUGCUGAUGAUCUGCAAGACCAGCAGCAGUACCAGCAGCCCAAGCAGCAUUACCAGCCACAACAUCAUCAUCAUCAUCACCAGCAGCAGCAGCAGCAGCAAGGGGAACGUGGCCUGUACCAGUCCCAUGUUCCUGAUUCUCACCAAAGCAGGCUGUCCAUCACGUUGGCACCUCCUAGUCAGCAUGUCGCUGCCGCACGUGCCCCAGCGCCUCGCCAACGCAAGCCACGCACUGAGCAGCAGCGGCAAGCCAGGCGGGCGAAACGCUCCUUUGACGGCGAGUCGCCAGAGCAACGGGAGUUUCGCCUGGCACGGAUGCGAGCCUACAACCAUCGCUAUACCCACUUUAUCAAGAAAGGGAUUCGAGUGCCCGCUUCAGACUCUGCUGCUGCUGCUGCUGCUCCUGAGGAAUCAAAACCUGCUGCUCCGCCGGUAGGGAAAACACCUUCAGCGAAGGAUUAUUUUGACAACAGGACCUGUGCAGUUUGCCAGAUGACUGGUCACAAUCGCCGCACUUGCCCAACGUUCUUAGCCAAGAAAGCCGAAGCUCUUGUUCAGUUCAAUGGCGAUGACCGGAAAGCCACCAAUGCAGCAUAUCUCGGUAAUUCAGUUUUAAAAACGCCAAUGAUGAUGAUGGUGAUACAUAUUGGUGCGUGUCUGUGUGUCUAUCUGUCGGUCUGUCGGUCUGUCUGUACUUGAUAAGAAUACAUUGAGUGUGUUUUCUGUUAUCUUG